CUUACAUGGGCAAUUUUCAGAGCCUGGGUGUCUGCCGGCUGGAAUUCACAGCCUGUGACGUCACUGCCUGCGGCUCUACCAGAUUUUUUGGGGGAAAAAGAAGUUUCACUUUUUGUUGGGAUUUGAAACUCAUUGAUUCUUAGAAAGCGAGAAUCGACGAAAGCUUCAGAAGGAAGGACGCGCAAAAUCAAGAGUGGAUGGUAGCAGAGAUCUUCUCAUACACAUACAGAAGGAGAGAGAACCUGUUUGUGAUAGUUUAAGCUGCUGCUGAAGAGCUGACCUACUCUUUUGAAACUUAGGGCAUAAAUCAUGUCUCACCCAUCAUGGAAUCCAUCAAAUACUGGAGGUGAAAACUUUGGUCAGGUGACCAUGAGGAUGGAGACCACGCCCUCCUUUGGGAUCCCCAGUAUCUCCAUCUCUCAGCAGCAAGAGCCCAAGAAGUUUGCACCGGUCGUUGCACCAAAACCAAAGUUCAACCCAUAUAAGCAGCUGGAGGAGGUUGUGUACACUGAAGCUGGAGGGGACUUCCUACCGCCAUCCCCACCCAUGGAGGAUCUGGACAAUCUACCCUCACCCCCUGUGACCUUCCCACUCCCACCCACCCCUACGGACGGAGCAGUCUUCAAUGUGCAGGUCAGGACCCCUGAAAAGUCACUGCAGGAAAGGCGCUCGAGUCUGGAUGCUGAAAUUGAUUCACUCACCAGCAUUCUUGCUGACCUGGAGAACAGCUCCCCCUACAAGCCCAGACCACAGCAGAACUACGGAGGAACCUUGUCAAACACCUCAACAUUAUCCACUCCUGUCACUGGACACAAGCGCAUGGUGAUCCCAACCCAGCCACCCCUGACGGCCACCAAGAAAUCUGUCGCCAAACCCCAGCCUGUUGCUGCUACUCCUGCUGCUCCUGCUGCUGGUAUCGCAGUGCCCAAACCGCAGUCCAUGCCUCAGCCGGUCCCUGCCUCCUACACCACAGCCUCCACUCCCACCCGUCCGACCUUCAAUGUGCAGGUGAAGAGUGCCCAGCCCAGUCCUCAUUACAUGCCCCAAGGGCCGCAGGGCUUAUCCCCGGCCUACAACCAGCAAUAUCCCCAACAACCAUCUCGAUCCCCCGGCCCUGUCCAAUACAUGCCUACCCAGCCCCGUAGCCCUGAUUUUGUGUAUGGCCCCCCACAGCCGUCACGCCAGCCUCCUGCAAGGGCUUACUAUGAGCCCCAGUACCCUGGAGGAGCUGGUCAAGGCACUGCCUACGGAGCUCAGAACACCUGGAGACCUGAGCUGUCUUAUCCCACCUCUGCCACCGCUGGCCCAGGAUAUCAGCCUCCAGGGCCCAGGAAGACGUACAUCACCGACCUGUCGCCAGCCAUGAUGCCAGCACACAUGUCACAGUAUGGAGCUUCCCAAGCCAUGCAGCAGAAGGGUAGUUCCGUGCCUCCCAUGCCCUCUGGCCCUGUUCCCAGCUACGCAGCAGCCCGGCCCGAGGAUGAACUUGAACGCCUCACCAAGAAGAUGCUGUACGACAUGGAGCACCCUCCCUCCGAGGAGUACUUUGGUCGCUGUUCGCGCUGCUCGGAGAACGUAGUGGGUGAAGGCAGCGGCUGCACCGCCAUGGACCAGGUCUUCCAUGUGGAGUGCUUCACCUGCGUGACCUGCAGCCGCAAGCUCCGAGGACAGCCUUUCUACGCCUUGGAGAAGAAGGCUUAUUGCGAGCCCUGCUACACCAACACUCUGGAGCAAUGCAACAUCUGCAAGACUCCCAUCAUGGAGCGCAUCCUACGAGCCACGGGCAAGGCUUACCACCCCCACUGCUUCACCUGUGUGGAGUGCCACCGCAGCCUGGACGGCAUCCCCUUCACCGUGGAUGCAGGGAACCACAUCCACUGCAUCGAGGACUUCCACAAGAAGUUUGCUCCGCGCUGCUCUGUGUGUAAGGAGCCCAUCAUGCCGGCUACUGGUCAGGAGGAGACUGUCCGCAUCGUGGCACUGGACCGCGACUUCCAUGUGCAGUGUUACCGCUGUGAGGACUGUGGAUCCCUGCUUUCGGAGGGGGACAAUCAAGGCUGCUACCCCUUGGACGGACACAUCCUCUGCAAAACCUGCAACACCAAGCGCAUUCAGACACUGACUGCGAAGGCCAGCACAGACCUCUGAGGGACCAUACCUUACCGAUAGAAAGAAAGCUCAAACUCACACACAAGCACCCAGUAUAAACAGCACAGAUAUGUAUACACACAAUCACAUAUUUUAUUGUAACUCACAUUCAUGUAAAAUGUCAACCCUUUCCGGUCCAGAUUUUAAAUUUAAAAAAAGAGAGUUUUGUAGGGUGUGUUUCUGACAUCAGACGUGGUCAAGCAGCGAGUCUGGAUUGCAAUUCAAAAAGUGCCUGCUGUAUACUAACCUGCUGUGCAAUUGGGUUGCCUUGAGAGACUUAAACUGCAGGACAAAAGAAAAUAAGAAUUUUUGAGACAACUCCUAAGUUUCUGAGAGUUUUACGUUGCUGAGGAGUUAAAUGCUGUUUCAUUUGCACAGGUAAUGGUGCUUAUGCUUGUGAGUGCUUAACAGUUUGAACCAACACCCUUCUGUACUGAAGCCCAGAGCUCAAACCAACUGCCGUUUUGCAUGCCACAUUCCAUUCACUGAUCAAACAGCUAGUCAGAGAAAUGAAAUGGCAGAACUGUAAGCCCUGCUGUCUGGGCUGAGUGUUUGCGUGUCCAGCGACAUGGCUGCAUGCUUGUUGUACAUGCUCCUGAGUGUCAGAAGCACACCAGUUCCAUGCUGUGACUCCUCGUGCCUUUCAGGUUGUGCAGGGAGCAUGAACUGUACCACACAGUGCCGCAAAUGGACCAUGCAUGCCUUUAUAAUGUAAAUGUAUUAUGACUUGGAAAGGGUUAAACAAAAAAUAAAGUAAAAUCACACCACAUAAACACACACA